AUGUUUCAACGGCUGUCAGCAUCCAUUAAGCACAAUGCACACAUCAUUUUUCUAUGCAUAAGCUGGUAUUUUAUUUCCUCGUUGGCAUCUCAGGUAACGAAGCAAGUGCUAACGGUUUGCCCAUUACCACUGUUUUUGGGUGAGUUUCAAUUCAUUUACACUGCUAUGCUAGCGUGGUUUACGUGUUAUAUCGCAUAUAAUUCCCCAGGAUUUUAUCGCAUAUUUCCUAAUGGUACAUUUCCAGAAUAUUAUACUGACGACAGAGAAAUUAACCGUAUGACGAGAAAAACAUCAAAAUUAAGCUCCCUCAUUAUACCACCCUCUAAACCAAUCCUGCAAACGGUUCUACCUUUAGGCCUUUUCCAAUUUGUGGGAAAGUAUUUUGGACAUACAGCUACCUCUUUGGUACCUGUUUCCACCGUUGCCAGUAUAAAAACAUUAUCCCCCAUGUUUAUCCUUUUACUCCAAAAGCUUUUAAAGAUAUCUACUUUGAAAGUUACCUUAACUCUUAUCUUUAGUUUAUUCACUUUAGUUCUUGGGGUUUGGAUUAUAGUUCAAGAAGACAACCGUUCACCGGCCUCUUCUAAUGAUCUGAGAGAAUUCUCUAAGUAUGGUAUAAUAUGCGCUAUGAUAUCAAUGUUCAUUUUUGUCUUGCAAAAUAUAUACGGCAAGACCGUAUUCACGUACAGAUCUCAAACAGAUGUUUUUCAGAGUGAUUCAGGAUUCUCCCGACAAGAAUCGCCUUUACCUAUAUAUGAAAAGUUGGAUGAAAGACUUGUUGCGAAAAAGAAACCUAAAUCAUAUGACAAAUUAACUCUAAUGAUUUAUAUCUCCCUCGUUGGAUUUUGCUUAUCAUUUGGCUGGUUUAUUACCUUGGAAUUUCCUAUACUAUUUAAAUAUUUUUUUCAAAUUGACAGCUCCCCUACAGUAAUAAAAGCAUUUCCAGUAUCUUUAUUUUUAUUGAAUGGGUCCUUCCACUUCAUCCAGGCAAUGAUAACAUUCCAUUUAUUAGGAGAGGUCUCAACUUUAACAUAUUCAAUAGCGAACCUGAUGAAAAGGUUUGCCAUCAUUGCGGUGAGUUGGGUUUUUAUUGGAAGAAGAAUUACUUGGCUACAAGUUUUCGGUUUGGUCCUGAAUACAUUAGGGUUAUUCCUUUAUGAAAGAUGCACAUCGCAAUCGAAAAUCAAAGCGAAGCUGCGUCCCGAGUAA